UUGGGGGGGGGGGGGGCUGUGUUAAGGGAAGGGGGUUCAGCAAGCACAGGUAGAGGAGAGGCCGGUACUGCCCCAACAGGCCAUCAGAGAGCGGCAAAAUGAUGGAGGGCACUAGAAAGAAGUCACUCUAGAGACAAGAGAGGACUCUUGGAAGCCGAGAAGGCUUUGAGAAGUCCUUUCCGGACUGAGCCGUCGCCGGAGGCCCCUGGCGGCCCGCCCGCGCACAGAGGUCCACGAUGGGCCUGCUCCAGGGCCUUCUCCGGGCGAGAAAGCUGCUGCUCGUUAUCUUCGUGCCGCUGCUGCUGCUGCCUCUGCCCAUGCUCCACCCCAGCAGCGAGGCCGCGUGUGCUUAUGUGUUGAUCGUGACUGCUGUGUACUGGGUGUCUGAGGCGGUGCCCCUCGGAGCUGCAGCCCUGGUGCCUGCCUUCCUUUACCCAUUCUUCGGAGUCCUCCGAUCCAGUGAGGUGGCCGCCGAAUACUUCAAGAACACCACGCUGCUGCUGGUGGGUGUCAUCUGCGUGGCAGCUGCCGUGGAGAAGUGGAACCUGCACAAACGCAUUGCUCUGCGCAUGGUCAUGAUGGCCGGAGCCAAGCCGGGCAUGUUGCUGCUCUGCUUCAUGUGCUGCACCACACUGCUCUCCAUGUGGCUCUCUAACACGUCCACCACCGCCAUGGUGAUGCCCAUCGUGGAGGCCGUGCUGCAGGAGCUGGUCAGUGCCGAGGAGGAGCAGCUCGUGGCGGGCAACUCCGGCGCCGAAGAGGCCGAGCCCAUCAGUCUCGAUGUAAACAACAGUCAACCCUCCCUGGAACUCAUCUUUGUCAAUGAAGACACGUCGACUGCAGACUUCACUUCUCUGAUGCAGGACAAGAACCUGAAUGGGGUGCCCCCAAUCACCAACCCUGUCAAAAUGGCAAGCCCCCAGGGCAAGAAGCAGCACCGAUCCCAGGAAAAGCCACUAGUCCUGAUUCCUGGGCCCAGGAACCAGGAGCUCAACAGAAAGUACAAGUCCCAGCGUGACCAGAUGAUCUGCAAGUGCCUGUCUCUGAGCAUAUCUUACGCCGCUACCAUUGGGGGCCUGACCACCAUUAUUGGUACCUCCACCAGCCUCAUUUUCUUGGAACACUUCAACAACCAGUACCCAGCUGCAGAGGUGGUCAACUUCGGCACCUGGUUCCUCUUCAGCUUCCCCAUCUCCCUCAUCAUGCUGGUGGUCAGCUGGUUCUGGAUGCACUGGCUGUUCCUGGGCUGCAAUUUUAGAGAGACCUGCUCUCUGAGCAAGAAGAAGAAGACCAAAAGGGAAGCGUUGUCAGAGAAGAGGAUCCAAGAGGAAUAUGAAAAGCUGGGAGCCAUUAGCUACCCUGAAAUGGUAACCGGAUUUUUCUUCAUCCUGAUGACCGUGCUGUGGUUUACCCGGGAGCCUGGCUUUGUUCCUGGCUGGGAUUCUUUCUUUGAAAAGAAGGGCUACCGCACGGAUGCCACAGUCUCCGUUUUCCUCGGCUUCCUCCUUUUCCUGAUCCCGGCAAAGAAGCCUUGCUUUGGGAAGAAGAGUGACGGGCAGAACCAGGAGCCCUCCCGGGGGACGGAGCCCAUCAUCACCUGGAAGGACUUCCAGAAGACCAUGCCCUGGGAGAUUGUCAUUCUGGUGGGAGGAGGCUAUGCUCUGGCUUCAGGCAGCAAGAGCUCUGGCCUCUCCACAUGGAUUGGGCACCAGAUGUUGUCUCUGAGUAGCCUCCCACCGUGGGCCAUCACCCUGUUGGCAUGCAUCCUGGUGUCCAUUGUCACAGAGUUUGUGAGCAACCCAGCCACCAUCACCAUCUUCCUGCCUAUCCUAUGCAGCCUGUCCGAAACGCUGCACAUUAAUCCACUCUACACCCUGAUCCCAGUCACCAUGUGCAUCUCCUUUGCAGUGAUGCUGCCCGUGGGCAAUCCCCCCAACGCCAUCGUCUUCAGCUAUGGGCACUGCCAGAUCAAAGAUAUGGUGAAAGCUGGCCUGGGGGUCAAUGUCAUUGGCCUGGUGAUCGUGAUGGUGGCCAUCAACACAUGGGGAGUUAGCCUCUUCCACUUGGACACUUUUCCAGCCUGGGCUAAGGUCAGUAACCUCACUGAUCAGGCCUGACACGAGCGGGCACACAGCCCAGCCAGAGGAGCUACGAGCGCCGAACAGAAUCUGACCAAGAAAGCCGCCAGGAGCACACAACCCCCACCAGAAGAUUCCACAGCCUGCCACCCCAGGUGACGAGCAGGAAGCCUCCGAUGCUGGGACGUUAGUGCCUUCUUCCCCGCCCUCCUUCCUCAGCACUGUAGUUCAGGAAAACCUAGCACCGUUCUCACGUCCUGUAUCUUGGGCUCUCCAGGUCUUUCUGAGGACAGGAAGAGCAGAAAGGCUGACUCAGUCGCCCCUCAGAGGCUAACUAAGCCUCACAAACUAGCCUCACUGGCUUCGAUGUUAUUCUUUAUACCUUAACCCCUUUUUAGGAGUUGGAGGAGAAAUCAAAUCAUCCCACCUGUGUAGUCACAUCUCCUCUUUCGGAGGAAAAUCUUCCCCCGGAACUUUCUCCUCGGCGUUUCUAUCCUAAGUUCUCACCACAAAAAGGCGAUCUUGGCAAGUCCUCUUUGUGGCGAUCAGUACUGUUUUCUCACUACUCUGAUUCCCUUCUAAGCAUCUCCCUUCAAUGGCUUCUCUUUACCCUUGGCACCAAAUUCCCAUAAAGAAAUAGUGUCCCCCUUUAGAAAGAGGCUUGUACUGUUCUCUUUGUCCAAGGAAAAAGAAGUAGAGACAGAAGACACACGGAAAUCAGUACAGGUAUCCCCGGCUUUUCAAAAGUUCUGGUUACGCCACUUUGCUUUUACAAAAGACCUACAUGAGUACCUGUUUUGGCUAACCGGAGGAAAUCUGAAGAGGAUUUUUGGAUUUCCGAGAAGAGUCCAAGUAGUGUUCAGUGGUUUUGCGGCGAGCCCUUCGAGGGGCAGUGCGCAACCUGAGCAACUGGAGUGGUGCCACUGGGCCGCCUCCCGGGGAACUGCACCCAGCGUCUCUGCACGGAGCCGCCGGAGCUGCGAGCUGCACCUGCGAGCGUCUGUGCUGUAUGCCCAUUUACUUUGCACACCCGUCAGCAAGAAGUUCCUAAGGUAUCAGGGAAGCCUAAGAGAGGUUAUUGCGGAGGUCUGGAAACGCUCAAACGUCUUUCCAUAUAAAUGAAUGGCAAGUGCCUCUUCGCUUUAUGUCAUUUUGGCUUACGGAAGGUUUCAUAGGAAUUCUCUACUUUUGGAGAGUGGGGGGGCACCUGUCUCUCUCUUCGCUUUCCACUAAUCAUCAGUACCUCUGCAUUGGGUGAGUUGGGAGGGAGAAAAAACUUCCCUACCUGUCUUAUUAAAAAGGCCAAAACUAUCAUUAAGACCACAGUGCUAUUAGCGCUAUCUGACUGGCUUUCUUUUGGAUGUAAUGAGUAGUUUGUUCCUGAGAAAGCAAGUACAGAAGGCCUCACACACCAGCCACUUCCUACAGGGAGCCCCUCGAGGGGAGAGACGUCUUCUGUCUCUUCAAGUCCCCCGCAACUCAUACGAUAUAGUAAACUAACUACCUAAUAAAUGUUUCCUGUGAGAAAAAAUCACUUUGGAAAUCAAGGCCUCCUUCUUCCUCUUGAAAACCAGGCCGUUUUCUCCAUGACAGAUGUUCCUGCUCGAUGACUGGAUAUAGCUCCCAAUCCCCCUGGCUUGGAGACAUUACAUAGUUCUGAUUUCUACCACCAGUUACUUGCUAAGUAGGUCUUACUGGAAAAGGUACACCCUGGAGCUGCUACAUUGUUUUACUUGAUUUUAAGUUAUUACUGACAGCAUGGCCGGUUUCCCCACAACAAUAACUUAUCAGUGAAGUCGCUCUCUUAGUUUAUCAAGGGUCUGUGAAUUAUAAGAUUUCUUUUGUGCUGGUCAGCACUUGCGUGCUCUGACCACAACGAAACUGACAGGAUUUAACCGCGGAUAUUACUGCUUCUUCUGCAUCAAUGAGCUUAGGCCACAUUAUGUGACUAGUGAUGAAAAUAAAGACCUCCUGAGCCCAAAUAAAAUCCCAGUGUAAUAUAUGCUACGGCUGCUUUGAUGGAAUCUGCAUAGUUCUCUUGCUAUGAAAUGUUCAGAAGAGGCAGGGUGUUAGCAUAUUGUCAUGGCUGCCAAAGUGUCAAAUGUCAAUUACAGAACUUGGACCCCAAGCCUCUAGGUCAGACAGUGAGAAAAAGGUGCAAAUAAUAAGAUUCCAGGAGUAUAAACAAGUAAAAAGAGAAAGAAGCAUUGACUUAGAAUUAAGCUGACCUGAAUCACUGGCCACCAUUGAGCGUUUGAGAACCACACUCACUCCUAAAGGGAAAGCAGUGCAGCUCCCCACGGCAGAUGCUGCCGGAAGCUUCCAGGAGCCAGUGCACUCGACUGGCCAAUUGAGAAACAGCAUUUAUUUCAGUCCGGUCUACUGACCGUUCUGAAAAGCAGCACUGUUCUCUCCCAACAUCAGAGAUCAGGCCAACCAAGACUGCUCAUUCCAGGGACAGGAAAGGUCAGAAACAACUAAUGACCCCUUGUCAUCACUGAUGGACACUAACUAACGGCUCUCCUGAGUAGUCUCUUGCAAAUAUGUUACAAUUUGACUUUUAUCUUCUAACAUCACAAUGUUAAAAAGAAAGCAGUAAGUGACCACCUUAUACCUGAUCCUUUGAUAGAUGACUGAGAAACAAAGACACUUCACUGCACCUUAUUUUCAAGUCAAUUAUGUAUCAAACUUGCCUAAUUGCCUUUGGAAAUUGCCUUUGAAAUUCCUUUUAGUCACCCAUGAAGGACAUGGUACACAAUCUUUUAUGUUAGCAUUUACAUGGCAAAGACUCGUGAACCACCUUUUAGUAAAGAAAACACAGCUAGUUUUCCCUCCAACGUGAGAAAAGAUCUGUUUCUUCAGCUGAAUACUAAAUCAUGUAGUUGGCUUCACACUUAGGGGCCACGUUUGCAAAAGUACAUCUAAACACUAGAAUCACUCUCAGUAUAUAGCAAGAUGUUCAAACCGUUAGAACACAAAGGUGAGAGAGACCAAGUACACGUGUAACCCAUCCCGUGGCUGCCCUCACUAAAUGAAUUCUUAGCACAACUGCCCAGCAAUUUACAUGGUGACUCUUUCUUGUCCUGAUCUUUUACAAUUGCACAUGCAAAAAUGAUGCAACCACACGGCACCUUGCAUAAGGCCUUACCACAGGGGCAACGAUCCACAUGGGCCCGCGACUCAGGUUUUGCAAUGCCCCACCCUGUGCACUUUCCAUAAAACCUCACCGUUCCGGUGUUUCCCAGCACCUUGUAAAAAAAAAUGUAUUUGACGAAAUAUGGCGCAUGGAGAUUCAGAAAAGGCAUAAACACGAAAAUCUGAGUGUCACAAGCUCCCCUAUUACACCAGGCAAGAUCUCCAAAUAUUUUCCCUUUGCCACCCUGUGGCCUUCCACAAGGCCCUAACGGUCAGUAGGGAAAAAAAGCACUCAUUCACGAGUAAGGAAUGGAAAUGCUACGUGCAAAGCCCAAGAUGGGCAGUUUAAGAAAAAGCCUCAUUUGCUCCAGGACAGUCUGUAGAGUUCCUUCAGGGGGACUAACAAAAAAAGCAUUAAAAAGGCAGGAGACCUCAGCAGAAAAACAAACACCAGCCUUGUAUCUGGGGACUGUACUGCUCAGUGGAAAUGAAAACAUGCACGUGCACAUAUGCUCUGUGAACUCGUAUGCACAGAGAAACCACACGCUGUAACUUCCUCUACCAUCCUACAAAUGGAAACUGAAAAAACGGGCCUACGAAUGGGCUACAAAAAAUGAAAUCGUUCCUCUAAAUCAGCAGCAGGUCUCUGCUCAAUUGCCUGAAACACCAAAUCACUAGAAAAGUCCACUGAAGACAUCAAUGGCAACUUCAACUCCUGAAAUAUUUAACACCCCUUUUGAUGACGUCAAAUGAGGUUGUUUGGGUUUUUCUCUCCCUUUGUUUGGGAGGAUUGUGGUUUAAGGAUAAACCUGUCAGGUCCAAUGUCUUUAUGAAGUUCCCAACAUCAAUCCUGAAGUCAUAUUUUGCACACGUGAGUAAUCUUCCUUGUACGAUCAGGUAUGGCAAGAAGUUUUCCUAAGCCACGUUGACAGAGGAGUUUUCCAACAUUUUUAAAAGCAGAAGACGAGUAUGUCUUGCAGGGACUCUUCCCCUCCCUCUGAGGGUGUGUGAGGCAAGAGUCCCUGCGUAACAACACUCUUAGUGCCACAAUCACAAUGGCUGCACCCCUCACUCGCGUUGCAAAGUUUCAACUACACCCCAACAUCCGUGAUGGUUCUGGGCUCCUCCUCUAGCUCAGUGAGGAUAACCUUGCCUGAGAACUCCGAGCCCCUUUUCACUGCUUCAAGAACCUAACUAGAAGAGGGUAUCUGAAUGGGGAGCACGGAGGCAGCCGGUACUCACUGCGGAGCAGUUUAUAUGGUGAAGGCAAAUGCAGGAAUGGAUUUGCUGGAUGGCUCCCCACCGGUAAGCGAGGGUAAGAGUCACUCCUGAGGGAAGCCCUACAUCCCAAUGUGCUUGGUUUACAAGGUGUAAUAGAGAGACCUAAUCUCCUAACAUUUAAGUUACCUUUCUAAGGUUGUGGCAUUUUGAAUACCCUCAAAAGCGGUAAAACUUUAUCCUUCAAGGCUGUAUUUCAUUCUGCUAACAAUUCAGUCAUUCAAGAUCAAAUCUUAUGAGCCAGGAAGUGUGAUCAAGGUAGAUAUUCUAGAUUUUCAUCAGCAACCAGGAGAGUGACCACAGAGUAAUGACAAAGUCUGCAUGGUUCAUAAACUGGUUCCAAAAGCAACUGCAGGAAAAUAAAGUAUUCUGACCAAAAGCAGCGUGUUUGGGCCAGUAUCUGUUAUUUAUUGGGCAAUUUGCAAAGCACUGUGUAACACAUCACAUACAUUAUCUCACCUGUUUCUCAUGUGAGCGUAUGAGGUAGAUAUUGCGUCCACAUCUUACAGAGAAUACAACAGUGUCAGAAAAAUAAGACGCUUGCCCAUGAUCUCACUCCUAGGGUGAAGUCACACCAUAAUAUGCUGUUUUCACGUCACCUGUAUCACACGCCAGGACAAGCUGCCAGGGAUAAAACCCAUACCCAUGUACGAGAGAUCCCCGUUUUCAAAGAGAAAACAGAACCUUUUGUCUUAUAAUCACGCAGUACCAAUGUCAUCACUGCCUGAAUAAAGGUGUCUCUAAGUUAGUCUUCCAGUUUA